GAUGAAGACAAAGAAGAAUAUGUAUCAGAGUGUAUGUUCGAAGGGAGGAAGUGUUUACUCUUACUGGCAUGGGAGGAAAAUUCUUAUAUUUUCAUUUUAUUUGAGUCCACAGCGAGUAUAUUUUAUUAAUUAGUCAUUUUAUUUUGUUAUCAUGACAUAUUGUUUGCAACCCAUUUGUUAGGCCGAGCUCUUGCAGGUGAAAGUAUGAAGAAAAUCCUCGCACAAAAGUUUUACUGGACGGUGUAACCCGGGACGUGUGCGUGUCCGCCUCUGCGAGAUGAUGUGCCCGUGUGAAGGAAACUAAGUGAUCGUGUGUUUGUGCAGCGCGUGGAUGGGGGAUUUAGGUGACGAGUGACUUUAAUCACUUCUUGUCUUCGUGUAUUUCACUAAAUAGCCCGGAGUGGCAAGAUCAUGAAUUGAUCCCUAUUCAGCCAAUUACUGAUAGCAAUUCAGAUUACGAGUAUAUUUCUUUUGCGUAAGGGGACCAGAUAAUAGACCAGUACGAGCCCGAGGCCGGGCCUGAUGCCCUUUUCUGUAAAUUGAGCAAACGAACCCAAAACAUACUUCUUAAGAGCUUUCGGGCAGAAUUUCGAUUAAUAUAAUGAGAUAUAUAUUAUAAAGAAUGAAAGAAAAACGGUAAAAGAAGGUGUAUUAUAUUUUAUUUUACUACUUUUAUGACAUUCUAACAAUCAGUGGAAGCGUUGGAUGAAGAAGCAUCAGAAGCAGAUGACAUAAUGCUAAAACGGAUUAUUGAGGUGACCUAAACACUGUUUAUUUAACUGCUACUGCUAAACAAAGAUGACACCAUUUGUAUUAAAAAUACAUCCAAGUUUUUAGAAUCAUGCGUUCGGCAUGUGUGCGUGCGUGCGUAACACGCGCCAACAAACAUACCUCGCGAGCUGCCUUUUUGCUCCGUGCGCUCACGGGGAGUCUGCGCUCACGUGCAGUUGCGUCAAUUUGCUUGAUUUCCUUGUUCUCCCUCCACCUCUAAAGUCCGUCAUUAACGGGAUUAAACAGCUGCAAUUUCGGAGAGACUGAACUGGAGGGUUAGAGGCGAUGUUUCCCCGUCUCCUCACGUGAUUGGAUCAUCGGAAGAUGAUGUCAGACGACCGCAUGCGCGCCGGAUUGGACCGAGAGGAGUAAACAAAGCCGCGAGGAGGAGGAGGAGGAGGAGGAGAGGUCUGCACAUCUCCAGACAGUUCGACCGGCACACCAAAUCCGACUUUACGCACAGGAGGGGGCGGCCCCGGUGGCGCGUACUUGUCUGCUUAAGUCUGAAAGUUACAUCGAAGGUUCCACUUUCAGCGCUGAUGCGUUAAAAAAUACUUUUGGAGCUAAAGGGAAACACGCCAUCGCAUUUCAAUCCGGACGCGUGGCGGACGGCUCCGUUUGAGUAAGCGACUUAUUCCCUAAAAUCACCACGCAACUGUUCUUGAUCAGGCUUCGAAGAAAUCCCUCGUGUCCGCUCCGCGUUAGUGUUGCUCUUCUGCGCGCAAAUGCAAUCUUGAGAAAACCCCCACAAGUUAAGUUACAUCCAAACCAGAUACGCACCGGCCAUGCAACCCGGACGUUUGAAGUCAGUCUGACUCCCGUUGAUUCAGGCUUCGUGUUCGCAGCAUGGUCCGAUAAUUGGACGAGACAGAAAGAGAUUAAAAGUAAGAAAAGGAGCGCUAGGCAGACAUUUGGAGCAGUUUGAGUGUGUUGCGGGGACAUCCGCCUCUCACGUCCAGGUGUCCCGCCCGGCGGCGCGGAGUCUCCAGCUCGGGCCGGCGGCGCUGACAUGCUGCCCAAAGUCGAUACUGAAUCCCUGGGACUCAGUCGAUCGUAUGGAGAACAACGGCGCGUGCCAAGGAAUAUGCAAGCCCACCAGUUAAAAAUGAUGGACUACACCUAUGACGAAGAUUUGGACGAGAUGUGCCCCGUGUGCGGAGACAAGGUUUCAGGGUAUCACUACGGACUACUGACCUGCGAGAGCUGCAAGGGCUUCUUCAAGCGCACCGUCCAGAACAACAAGCGCUACACAUGUAUAGAGAACCAGAGCUGCCAGAUCGACAAGACCCAGAGGAAGCGCUGCCCGUACUGCCGCUUCCAAAAGUGCCUCACCGUUGGCAUGAAGCUAGAAGCUGUGCGGGCGGACCGCAUGCGCGGCGGUCGCAACAAGUUUGGCCCGAUGUACAAACGUGACCGAGCCCUCAAGCAGCAGAAGAAGGCGUUGAUCCGAGCCAACGGGCUGAAGAUCGAGGCCAUGACUCAGGUGAUGCAAGCCGUGCCCACAGACCUCACCAUCUCCUCGGCCAUCCAGAACAUCCACUCGGCGGCGUCCAAAGGCCUUCCGCUGAGCCACCACCCGGGCCACCACGCGGGUCACCACCACCACCACCACCACCACCACCACGCCAACGCCCUGCCCCCCACAGACUACGACCGCAGUCCGUUUGUCACUUCGCCGGUCAGCAUGGCGAUGCCGCCGCACGCCGGCAGCCUGCAGGGCUACCAGGCGGCCUACGGACACUUCCAGGGCACGCGCACCAUCAAGUCCGAGUACCCAGACCCGUACACCAGCUCGCCGGAGUCCAUCAUGGGCUACGCCUACGUCGACGCCUACCAGACGGGCUCGCCGCCCAGCUUCCCUCACUUGAUCGUGGAGCUGCUCAAGUGCGAGCCAGACGAGCCACAGGUUCAGGCCAAGAUCAUGGCGUACCUGCAGCAGGAGCAAGCCAGUCGGGGCAAGCACGAGAAGCUCAACACCUUCGGCCUCAUGUGCAAGAUGGCCGACCAGACGCUCUUCUCCAUCGUGGAGUGGGCCCGCAGCAGCAUCUUCUUUCGAGAACUCAAGGUGGAUGACCAGAUGAAGCUGCUGCAGAACUGCUGGAGCGAACUACUCAUCCUCGACCACGUCUUCCGGCAGGUGAUGCACGCCAAGGAGGGCUCCAUCCUAUUGGUCACUGGCCAGCAGGUGGACUAUUCAGUGAUUGCGUCACAGGCGGGAGCCACCCUCAACAACCUGCUGAGCCACGCCCAAGAACUGGUGGCCAAGCUACGCUCGCUGCAGAUUGACCAACGGGAGUUUGUCUGCCUCAAGUUCCUGGUGCUCUUCAGCCUCGAUGUGAAGAACCUGGAGAACUUCCACCUGGUAGAAAGUGUCCAGGAGCAGGUCAACGCGGCGCUGUUGGACUACGUCAUGUGCAACUACCCGCAGCAAACAGACAAGUUUGGCCAGCUGCUCCUCCGGCUGCCGGAGAUCCGAGCCAUCAGCCUGCAGGCCGAAGAAUACCUUUACUACAAACACCUGAAUGGCGACGUGCCCUGCAACAAUCUGCUCAUUGAAAUGCUUCACGCCAAGAGAGCUUAGGAGGGGACAGCGCUGCUGCCCACGACGCAGCUGUGCACACAUCCUGAGUUUUACCGCAGCCCCAAAAAACUCCAAACAACUGAACCUCCGGCUCAGACUUGACUGAGUGAUGAGCUGGCGGAUGGAGAGCAGAGAUCAACUCGUGUCCACGUUAAGGUCGUUUUGAGUUUUUCAAGUUACACUUUGGAUUACGGAUUUGGACAAACGCACAUGCGCAGGGACAGAUCCUGCGCGUACACACAGACGGACAAUGGAUCCCUCAAUUCACACAAAAAAAAGAAAAGAAAAGAAAAAGGUCUGAAAGAACAGCCACAUCUUCUCAACCACACACAAAAAGACAAUACUGGAAGAAAAGGAAAAAAAAAAACAC